CAUGUCACCACUAUUAGAAUGAAGAAAGAAAAAAAAAAGAUGAUAAUAACGUCCCAAAAAAAAAAUGGAAAUAAAAAAAUAUGUCGAUUUUUCCAUAGACUUAGGAGAGGAUUAGGAGGAGAUGGGAAAGGGGGAAACAAGAUGGUGGAUCCAUUUGACCAUACAUUGAUAACUCCGAAACAGCCUCGUCUUUUGCAAUUUUUCUUCAAUUUUCUUUUUCGAUUUUGAUUUUUUUCGCAUCUCCCCUUGAUUCUAUUCAUCUUCUGCUCCCCCGGACGUAAAUACUUUCUCUAAUUACUUUCUAUCCAUUUUUUACUACUACUAUUUUUUACUUAUUUUGCGUAAUUGGUUUUAUCAUUGGCUGCUUCUUCCUCUUCCUACUCCAUUGGCUUGGGUGCCUGCCUGGACUGAAAAAAGUUUUGUAGGUGGAAAAAAAGAAGCGGACCCAGAUCAGUCAGUGACCCAAGUAAGAAUCUUUUGUAUUCAAUUCAAUCCAAUUUGCCAGUAAAUGAUUAGUUCUUGAUUGAUCUGGCGAUCAUCCCACUUGAAAACUUGACGUUUUUUGAUUGGUAAAUUUCUGAUAUUGGAGGUGAUUUUAGUUAAAGAUGUUUGAGUGGAGGGUGCUGCUGGAGAGAUAGAAUUUGCACAGCCACUUUGGAGUAUUUUCUUGGUUUAUAUAUUUGUUGGCCAGACCUGUCUGCCGCACUAAAUUUUUUUUUUUUUUUUUUGCCUUUUUAUUUCCAUCUUCUUUCCCUAAUUGACUUUGUUGUUAUGAUCUUCCCUGUCAUAAGGCUGGCGUAUUCGAUUUAGAUUUAUUAUAAUAGGACUUUUUUGCUGGAUUUUUACCGGUUUUAGGAUAAUUAAUUGAAAGAUUUGCCUACCCUCCAUAAAGUUUGUGUUUUUUCUUCCCCUUUUGUAAUUUGUUAACAUGGUUGGCGGUUUCGUUUUCAUCAUUUUAGGGGCGUUUAAUCAGUUUUAGAUUUCUAGCUUCCGAAUUCUGAUGGGUUUUACUGUUUCUGCUGGAAGAUUUGGUCUUGUAGAAUUCUGAAUUGUGUGCCCUUUGUUCUGCCCAGAAACUGGGAUUUGGAUGAAUUCUUUAAACCGUUUCGGAGAUCCAAGUUUAAUCACUGAGUGGGAGAUUUUGCCUGAAAGACUAUUUGUGUAUUGGGAGAUUGUACAGAGAGCUUGUGAAGAUUCUGGGUUUUGAUGUCUAAAGUCUCCGAGAUGGUGGAAACAACGUCUGCGUCCCAAGAUCAGCUGGAGAUCAAGUUUAGGUUAAUUGAUGGAUCAGAUAUAGGACCCAAAAGUUACCCUGCCGCUGCUAGUGUGGCCACUCUGAAAGAAAGCAUCCUUGCUCAAUGGCCAAAAGAUAAAGAAAAUGGUCCCCGGACGGUUAAAGAUGUCAAGUUAAUAAAUGCUGGAAGAAUAUUGGAGAAUAGUAGAACUGUGGCGGAGUGUAUGAGCCCAUUGUGUGAUGCUCCAGGUGGAGUCACAACCAUGCAUGUCGUUGUUCAACCACCUCCUCCAGAAAAAGAAAAGAAGGUGCCAAAUGACCUGAAGCAGAACAGAUGUGGCUGUGUGAUAUUAUGAAUCAAGCUCUUGAAGCAGCAUGGCUUCACUUCUAUAAGGUUCUCUUGGUUACUGUUUUGGCAUGUUUUCGGCUGAAGUUAAUAGUAAUUCUUCUUUUUGGCUUUCCAUACGUUAGAAGAAUAUGGGGUUAGUAAAUCGAAAAACUCUGCUUAAGCGGAUGGCUGACUGAAGAUGCAAGCAGUCGCUAGAUUGAAUCAUAAAAAUUUCAGUUCCAAUGUUUGUUGCUGUACUUUCCAUUCACCUAUUGUGCAGCCUUCCCAUUGUCCAGUUCAUGUGUUCAUGGCCAUUGCUAUAUACCUUUUGGGUUCCUGUUAAUUGUUUUUCCCACAAUGUUGCAGCUUAAAUUCCAUUGGAAAUUGCUUCAGUUUUUAUUUCUUUUUUGCUUCUUAGCUGAAACUUAUGGCUUGUGGCUAACAGUCAGUUAAAGCUUUGUCAGUUACAUCCUUUUCUAUAUGAUUUGUUCUUUUGCCACUUCCACUGUCAAUCCCUGGUCUAAUAGAAAUGUUGACGACGAGGAGUCGAAGUCGAACUGAAAAGAAGGCCAAGAUAAAGAUAGAAAACAAUACCAUCAAACUACUAAUCUCUUUUCAAAAGAACAACCGUCGGUGUUAUAUCAGCGUCAAAUUGAAAUCGGCUUUGAGAAAGUUCUGGGACCGAGGAGGAGGAGGAGAACAGAACACUAAAGAUUUUGUUUGUUUAGUUUUUCUGAUGGUUUUUUUAGAUUAAUGAAAUAAUAACUGUUCUAUCCCAGUAUAUCUUUUUAUAUUUUUAAUACAUUUUUUUACAUUCCCCA